GGAGGAGGACGACGUGACGGGAGGACUCAAAACCGAAGCUCUCAGGACUACGACACACACAGAAAAGGGAAACAAAAAACUGACUCAUAUUUACCAGUACAUUUGGAGAUUUUUGCAGCGGGAUACGUGGUGCGGGCUGUUACGCACGACAGCGUUUCCCUGCGGUAAAAUCAGUCUGAGUUUUUGGACAGGAGGCGCACGGCUUGCCUGCUCUUCCUCGUCAGAAAAAAAGAGGGUUUUUAACGGGGAGCUUUACGGAGCAGCUGACUGAAGGCACGGUGUAGGAGUUGGGAUGUCCUGAGUCAGUCCUCCGGGCCCAGAAAGCGGUGUGCUGAUGGGACCUGCUGCGCCACCAUGAGCUUACAAGAUGGCGGCUGCAGCUACGCCAGCAGCGCCAACAUGGCCACCGCUAGUGGCAGUAUGCGGCGGCGCCUGGAGGACCAGGAGUUCUCCUUGCGCGUCUACCCAGGCGCCCUUGCUGAGGGCACCAUCUACUGCCCCGUCAGCGCCCGCAAGAACACCACAGCUGCUGAAGCCAUCGAGUGCCUCAUCGAGCGUUUGCGUCUGGAUCGUACCAAAUGCUACGUGUUGGCUGAGGUGAAGGAGUUUGGUGGGGAGGAAUGGAUCCUAAACCCUGGCGACUGCCCUGUUCAACGGAUGAUGCUGUGGCCGAGGAGUGCACUGGAGAACCGCAGCGGCCUUGGCAGUGGUGAUGACUACCGCUUCCUCCUGCGGGAGAAGAACCUCGAUGGAUCUAUUCAUUAUGGCGGCAGCCUGCAGAUGUGGCUGCGGGUGACUGAGGAGCGCCGCCGCAUGGUGGAACGGGGUUUCCUACCCCAGCCUGCAGGGAGCGACCCUCCGUCUGACCUAUGUGCUCUCCCGGAGCUAACAGAGCGCACCAUUUUGGAAAGUCUGCGGGCACGUUUUCGCCAGGAGAAGAUCUACACAUACAUUGGAAGUAUUCUUAUUGUUGUUAACCCCUUUCAAUUCCUGCCAAUCUACAAUCCGAAAUAUGUCAAAUUGUACGACAACCACACACUGGGGAAGCUCGAGCCCCACAUUUAUGCUGUGGCAGAUGUGGCGUAUCACGCCAUGCUGCAGCGGCGGAAGAACCAGUGUAUAGUCAUUUCUGGGGAGAGUGGGUCUGGGAAGACCCAGAGUACCAACUUCCUCAUUCAUCACCUGACUGCACUCAGCCAGAAGGGAUUCGCCAGCGGGGUGGAGCAGACCAUCCUGGGAGCGGGGCCAGUGUUGGAGGCCUUUGGGAAUGCUAAGACAGCCCACAACAACAACUCCAGCCGCUUUGGCAAGUUCAUCCAGGUCAACUACCAGGAGAGUGGCACCGUUAGAGGAGCCUACGUGGAGAAGUACCUGCUUGAGAAAUCACGUCUAGUGUACCAGGAGCACAAUGAGAGGAACUACCAUGUUUUCUACUACCUGUUGGCGGGAGCCAGUGAAGAAGAGAGGAAGUCCUUCCACCUGCUCAAACCUGAGGAAUACCACUACCUCAACCAGAUGACAAAGAAAUCGCACAAACUCCACUGGGACAAUUACUAUGAGAGCGAUCUGCAGGACUGCUUCACAGUGGAAGGAGAGGAUCUGAAACAUGACUUUGAGCGGCUGCAGCUGGCUAUGGAGAUGGUCGGCUUCUUACCCACCACACGCAAACAGAUCUUCUCGCUGCUGUCAGCAAUCCUCCACCUGGGAAACAUCCGCUACAAGAAGAAGACCUACAGGGACGAUUCCAUCGACAUCUGCAACCCAGAGGUCCUGCCCAUCGUCUCAGAGCUGCUAGAGGUCAAAGAGGAGAUGCUGCUGGAAGCGCUGACGACCAGGAAGACGGUGACUGUUGGAGAGAGACUCAUCGUACCCUACAAACUUGCUGAGGCGGGCACAGUGAGGGACUCCAUGGCCAAGUCGCUGUACAGCGCGCUAUUUGACUGGAUUGUAUUCAGGACCAAUCAUGCUCUGCUAAACAACAAGGACCUGGAAGACACUUCAAAGAUCCUGUCAAUAGGAGUCCUGGACAUCUUUGGUUUUGAGGAUUAUGAGAACAACAGUUUUGAACAGUUCUGCAUAAACUUCGCCAACGAACGACUGCAACACUACUUCAACCAGCACAUCUUCAAAUUAGAACAGGAGGAGUACAGGGCAGAGGGCAUCACCUGGCACAACAUCGAAUAUAUCGACAACAGCAGCUGCCUCAAUCUCAUCAGCAAGAAACCCACAGCGCUGUUCCACCUGCUGGACGAGGAGUGCAAUUUCCCUCAGGCUUCCAAUCAGACCUUGCUGGACAAGUUCAAGCGUCAACAUGAAGGAAACAGCUACAUUGAGUUCCCUGCUGUCAUGGAGCCUGCCUUCAUCAUCAGACACUAUGCUGGUAAAGUCAAGUAUGGAGUCAAGGACUUCAGGGAGAAGAACACUGACCACAUGCGUCCCGACAUUGUGGCUUUGCUCAAGAGCAGCAAGAACGCCUUCAUCUGCGGUCUGAUGGGAAUCGACCCUGUGGCGACCUUCCGCUGGGCCGUGCUGCGAGCCUACUUCAGAGCCCUGGUGGCUUUCAGGGAGGCCGGCCGCAGACACACCCACAAAAAAACUGGGAACGAUGCAGCAGUUCCCUGUGCUGUUGUCAAAACUGUCGACAGCUUCAGUUUCCUCCAUCAUCCGGUUCACCAGAGGAGCCUCGAGAUCCUGCAAAGAUGCAAAGACGAGAAGUACAGCAUCACUAGGAAGAAUCCGCGGACCCCUCUGUCCGAUCUUCAAGGCACCAACGCCCUGAACGAAAAGGCCAGCUGGGAUGGCUAUGGUGUCAGCUGCAACGGUCGCAGCUCCAGGUCGGGUCGUGUGUCCUCGACAGGUAGUCCCGCCCUAGAGGAAGACGGGAUCUUUCUCAACACGACCAGCAGCAAGCUCCUGGAGAGAGCGCAGGGCAUCCUUCUGAGAAACAAAAACAUCAAAAGCAAGCCGAGUCUUCCCAAGCACUUGUUGGACGUGAAGUCUCUGCGUUACCUGAGUAGUGUGACGCUCCACGACCGUAUCACCAAGUCUCUGCUCCACCUGCACAAGAAGAAGAAACCACCCAGCAUCAGUGCUCAGUUUCAGGCGUCCCUCAAUAAGCUGAUGGAGACUCUUGACCAAUCAGAGCCAUACUUUGUCAAGUGUAUUCGCUCCAACGCUGAGAAGCUGCCUUUGCGAUUCAAUGACAGCCUGGUGCUCCGACAGCUCAGAUACACAGGUAUGCUGGAAACCGUCCGGAUCCGACAAUCAGGAUACAGCAUCAAGUACACCUUUCAGGACUUUGUGCAUCACUUUCAUGUCCUGCUGCCUCGAGGCACGAGUCCAACCAAGUCAGGCAUCAGGGAGUUUUUCAGACGGAUCCACCUGCCGCCUGCUGGGUAUCAAGUGGGCAACACGAUGGUGUUCCUGCGGGAGGCAGAGCGUCAGCGUCUUCAGACCCUCCUCCACCAGGAAGUGCUGCGGCGAAUCGUCACGCUGCAGCGCCGCUUCAGGGCCGUCCUGGAGAGAAAGCACUUUGUUGAAAUGAGGAGUGCCGCAUUCGUCAUCCAGCGAUGGUGGCGAUGCUGCCUUCUCAAACAGUCCACCAUGGACUCGGGUGAUGAGGAGGAGGCGGCGGUGUGUCUGCAGGCGGCCUGGAGGAGUUACAGGGAGCGCAGGAGGUUCCUGCAGUGGCGGGACUCUGCCAUCGUCAUACAGAGGAGCUGGAGAAAUUACUGUCACCGCAGAUCUUUGGCAGCUGUAACGAUUCAAGCAGCCUGGAGAGGAUUCACGGAGAGGAGCCGCUACAGUCGGACGCACAGGAGCGUGACGCAGCUGCAGGCGAUGGGCAGGGGACACCUGGCUCGACUCAGGUUCAGUGAAGUGAAGGAACUACACGAAAGACAACUGAGUCCACCAGCAGAGAUGGACGCAGGAACUAUGGAGGACCUCACCUCAUCAGGACAGGAAGGUUACGUCCAGGACGUCUCUGUGGAACUGUCUGAAGACUGUCAGCCUGUUCUGGCAGAUGUGAGAGAGACAGAAAAAGAAGAGGACUCGGAGCGGAGUCGGAGCACAGACGAGACGAGCCAAAGGAACCGGUCAAAGCGAGAGAGCAGACGGAUGAGAGAGCUGGAGCAGGCUCAGUUCAGCUUAGAGCUUCUAAAAGUCCGAACCACCAGCGUGCAAGAAGACCCAGACAGCAGCACCUGCCAGCUGGACGACCAUCACAGACACUCACCCCGGGGAUCUCCAGCUAGUCAUGGAAGUUUUGAACUGCUCAGUGUGGAAGACAUGGAGACUGAAGGCUCUGGAGGUUUUGGUUCCCAGUCGACUGCACCUCAAGAACAUCCCCAAGCACUGGAUAUCCAACUACAUGAAGGGAUGAGAGAUUCAAACUUUAAUGAGAAGAAUGUGAUGGAGCCGCCAAACAAGGCGCAGCAGAGUCCGAGGGCAACGUUUUAUAUUCCCUCUGACCAAAGUCCAGUUCAUGAACCAAAAUAUGAAAGCCCCAGUAAAUCUUACAGAGAGAGAAAGGAGUCCACGUCUCGUAGGCCUGUAGUGGUGUUGAUCAGUAUGCAGAAGGAGAGCCCAGUGGAGGAGGGGGAGCUGCUGGCAGCCCAAACCCUGGAAGGAGCGUCUGAAACAAGAGUAGCAUCAUCUGGUUCCCAAAUGAUCCAUGCUGAGGUCGUAACAGAGACAGAACAGCCUCGAGGGAUCGCUACCCAGGCCAAGGAGGAUGCAUUUCGAGUGGAAAAGUCCUCUGUGGUCACGUCCUCAACCGCCCAUGCAUCAAGUCCGGAAUCAGGGAUUUGUUCCUCAGGGGUGGACAUCCAGAUCGUCCUGGAGCCAAAGUCCAGUGCUCCUGCUGUCCUCCCCAGUCGGCAGGAGAGGAAGGCCACCCGGCCCGCACAGCAGGCACCCAGUCCGAUCCUGGACACCAAACCACCAAAGGCUCAGAAGAAAAGCUCAGGGCAGACUGUGAUUGUCAACAUGGUGGAGAAACCCCCCAACACAGUGUUCUCCCCACCCAGACGCAAGCUGCCCUUCUCCAAGUCAGAUAAGGAUUUGGUGAACCAGGAAAGAUCUCUGGCCAUGUUCAGAGACGACUCUAAAUCUGCUGGAUCCAGAAGUAGAGAGCAGGUGGGCCGCCCCGGCCCCAAAAAGAAAGCGCGAAUGUCCCGGACACGCUCUGACUUCCUCACCCGCUGUAACUCUGAGGGGGCGACCCAGUCAGAUGACGACGAUGAAUACUACAUCCCCGCCCACUCCCACACGCUGCCCCCCUCCCUAUCUCCCCCAUGUGCCCAUCCUGAGGCUGACUGUCACAGCGACUCCGAGAUGCCAUCUCACAAAGACCAGAAGAAGAUCCAUAAGACCAUGUCGUCAGGAGACCUGGGCAAGAUGGAGGUCCUCAGGAAAACCUCAAGUCAGGAUGGAAGCAGGAUGAAAGGACGAAUAAGAUUCUGGAGUAAGACGAAGCAUGGCGAGAAAAAACUGUCAAGAGAGAAGCAGGCCAGCAGGGGUGAAGCUGGAGAAACACAUGAACGCCCCUCUUCUCCUCCUCACAGUCCAGACUUGGAGGCAGCUCCCUCUGGCGGGGUCAGGGACAGCAAGGAGAACAAGGAGCCGUCUCCUAAGAUGAGGAGGCGUCGCAGUGUGAAGAUCAGCAGCAUUGCUCUGGAACCCGCCCAGUGGCAGAACGACGCGCUGCACAUCCUCAGCUCAGCCCACGACUACCGCAGCAUGAACGACUUCCUCAUGAAGAAGAUUGCUGAUCUGGAGUCUGAGGACGGAAAGAAGGACACCAUGGUCGACGUCGUCUUCAAGAAAGCACUGAGGGAGUUCAGGAUCAACAUCUUUAACUCGUACUCCACCGCUCUGGCGAUGGAUGAUGGGAAGAGUAUCCGUUACAAGGACCUCUACGCUCUGUUCGAGCACAUCCUGGAGAAAACCAUGCGUCUGGAACAGAGGGACUGGUGCGAAUCACCGGUGAAAGUUUGGGUUAACACCUUCAAGGUCUUCCUGGACGAGUUUAUGACUGAGUACAAACCCAUGGAGGGAACAAUCGGAAGGGCUCCUAAACGUGAACGCAAGAAGUCGAGGAAGAAGGAAACUGACAUUGUGGAGGAACACAAUGGCCACAUCUUCAAAUCCACGCAGUACAGCAUUCCCACCUACUGCGAGUACUGCUCCUCCCUCAUCUGGAUGAUGGACCGAGCCUGCGUCUGCAAAUUGUGUCGCUACGCCUGUCACAGGAAGUGCUGCUCUAAGAUGACAACCAAGUGCAGUAAAAAGUAUGAUCCGGAGCUGUCAUCACGGCAGUUUGGCGUGGAGUUGUCCCGUCUGACCAGCGAGGAGCGAACAGUUCCCCAGCUGGUGGAGAAACUCAUCAACUACAUCGAGAUGCACGGCCUCUACACAGAGGGGAUCUAUAGGAAGUCUGGCUCCACCAAUAAGAUCAAAGAACUACGUCAGGGGCUGGAUACAGAUGUGAGCAGUGUGAACCUGGAUGACUACAACAUCCACGUCAUCGCCAGCGUUCUCAAACAGUGGCUCCGCGAUCUGCCCAGCCCUCUGCUGACCUUUGAACUGUACGAGGAGUUCCUCAGGGCCAUGGGUCAGCCAGACAAGCGGGAGGUGAUCCGAGGGGUGUAUUCGGUGAUCGACCAGCUCAGCAGGACACACCUCGGUACACUGGAGCGCCUCAUCUUCCAUCUGGUCAGGAUCGCUCUGCAGGAGGAGACCAACAGGAUGUCGGCCAACGCCCUUGCUAUUGUGUUUGCUCCUUGCAUCCUUCGCUGCCCCGACACCAUCGACCCGCUGCAGAGCGUCCAAGACAUCAGCAAGACCACUGCGUGUGUGGAGCUGAUCAUCAACGAGCAGAUGGGCAAGUACAAAGCUCGUCUGAAGGACAUCAGCAGUCUGGAGUUUGCAGAAAGCAAAGCCAAGAGCAGACUGACCCACAUCAGGAAGUCCAUGAAACCUGUACUAAUUGCUGUUAGGUUUAUGAGCAUAACCCGCACUGCCACCCCGCCUAACACAGCUAAACUUAAGAGCAAAAGCCGUGUGCGACAAAGCAGCACUCACACAACCUCGCCUCCUCUCAGCCCCAGAGCACCCGCUGCGGUGGUGGAUGGAGAGGGUGCAGGAGGAGGAGGAGGAGGAGGAGGAGGAGGAGGAGGUGGUGGAGAGGAUGCAGCGGAGGCCGGGAUGAAUGAGCAGCAGCAGCUGGCGAUGCAGCAGGAGGAGCGAAUCCUCACCGAGCAGAUUGAGAGUCUGCAGAAAGAGAAGGAGGAGUUGACAUAUGAGAUGCUGAUCUUAGAGCCGCGGACGUCUGAUGAUGAGACUCCUGAAUCUGAAGCAUCCAUCGGCACAGCAGACAGCUCUGAGAACAUCACAAUGGAGACAGAAGGAGCAACAUCAGACCCCUCUGCAGAGCGUGGAACUUAUCGCUCCAGAAAGUCUGAAGCAAAGAGCAGACGAGCUUUACGUCGUCAACCCGACUCCCAGGACUCUGCAGACUCCGCCUCCACCAUCUCCUCCUCCUACCACCCCUCCUCCUCUCUCUCCUCCAAUGCCUCUGGCUCUCCCUCUCCUCACUACCGGUUUCGUUCCUCCUCCUCCGGGCCCCUGCUCACCUCAUGUGGCUUGGGGGCCCCGCUGGCCGAGGCAGAGGGGAGCCACGGAGCCGGUAAGACCCGCCACAGGCUCAGGCUCAGCCGCAGCUCCCCACGCGAGCCCUCGGGAAGCCACCGGAGGGAGUCGGACUUCAGCUCGGGGCCACAGCAGCUGGUUCUGUACGGCAGCAACGAGUUCAUGGUGUGAAGCCGAGGAGGGAACACAUACCAGCUGCCACCUGUUUGAGAACAGGACGGCGUAUGAGAAGAAGAAGAGGGGGAGGGAGAGUCCGAGGCUGAACGAGGCUGGUCACGGGGCGAGGUUUGAGCUCACUGUCGCCUGCUGCCCCUCCUCGGUGCCCACCCCCCUCCUCCCCUGGUGCAGUCAGAGCAGAGAGCUGUGGGAAUAAAAGACGACAAGACUGGAACUAUGAUGCAGAGGGACAAAAUGACAGGUCAAAGAAAGAGGACUGAUGGAAGCUGGAAAAGACGCGUUUGUUGAGCCUCUGACCUCAGUGCUGUUUGACCCCUGCUGGAGCACCAGGGGUCGGUCAGAGGACAGAGACGAAGAAGAGACGGACAGAUGCUAACACACAGAGGAAAAACCCACACUUGCAAAGCCAAAUCUUAUAGUGCCCCAUCUUUAUUUUUCAGCAUGUGGGCAGGUGGACAGAGCCACCCAGAAGAAAUGUAGCCAUACUGACUGAACUGGCGGACUUUUUGUCUGUAACCAGCGCCAAGCUAGGUCUGCUUUUCACGUUUACACAGGACACACCAGCCACGAGGCUGCAUGCUUCUCCAUCACACUUUUUCCCACGUCAGUUUGAAGAGACUGUACAGAAAUAUGUUACAUUAAUAUUAUUAUUAUUAUUAUUAAUUAUUAUUAUUGUUAUUAUGUUACAGAGGAAAAAAGUGUACAUAGAAAGAAACUCCAGUGCUGCUCCUGGGUCGUCCAUUGUUGAUUAGUCUCUAUUUCCUGUUUGCUAUUUUGCAAAGUGAGGUGUCUGGAAUUCAGGUUCCACUUUUGUUUCUGUGAUGGUUUUGCGCGAUUUACCAUCUUCUCUCUCUCUCUCUCUCUCUCUCUCUAUUUUCUGAUUUCACAGUGAACCAAGCCAACUUUGGGUUUCCUUGCAUUAUACUCUUGGGAAAUAUUAGAAGGAAAAGCUGUCAAUCUGCGCUCACAGUGCUACACGUCUGGGGCCAGAUGCAUAAAACUCUGUGUACAUUCACUAAAACUGUGUGUAUGCACAAAGGAAGAAAGUAUACUCAUUCUUUUGAGUCAGAUCUAUAAAACCGCGUGUACGCCAGAUUCUGUUUUAUAAAUCUCAACAUUGUGGCGCAGGGAGCAUGUGCACAAGCCUUUUCCACAUUCACAGUUGGAUGUAAAAAUGCUCUUAAACAUACACUUCAUAUUGAUAUUUGUGCCCCUCCACCACUCAGUAGAUCUGUCAAUGAGAAGCACGGUUAAGAAAGUGCAAUUUCUCUCACUGUGGUGCAUCAGCAAAGUUCUACCAAAGCAGCUGUCAUUACACACGACUAUGGAUAUUUGUAGCGUCCGUACCACUAAAUCAUAAUAUUUAAACAAACAAUCAUUGCAGUAAAAUCUCAAUCAUCAUUAUCAUUAAACGUCAGAAUAAUGAUCAGUGAUUCAUUCAUAGUGUUUAAUCAGUCCCUUGAGCAUUUUUUGUGAUUGUUACAGCCUAAAAUAUGUGAUUUCACAGCAGCUUUUAAAAAUUGCGGUGCAUGUUGCAAUGGAGACCGUCCCUGUGAGAAGUUCUCCUAUUGCUCUCUCUGCCCUGAUAGCAUGAGUUAACACAGCACAAGUAUAAAUAUCAUAUUUUGCACUUGGGCAGAAGCCUCACAGCAGCAGUUAACAUCUGACACUGAGCCAUUAUUCUCACACUGUCACCAAAAUGGCUCGACUGUUGUUAACCCUGCAAAUAAGUGUUAGGUUAUGUUAGCUGUGUGAUGACAACAGUUAGCCCUGUCACUGCGUGUGUGACUCGUGAUUAACAGAGAGAGAGAAGUUUUGCAAAUCAGUACACUGCAUGCAGCUCUAAAUGAAAUGAGAUAUUACUCGUUUUAAAAGGUCAAUUUUCUGAUACAGUUGCAGUGAUUGAAGAAAAUUGCACGGUCACACAGAAGUCUCACAGUGAUUGGCUGAAUUUGUGUCAAUUGUUAUAAUUCCAACAUUGCAAAAUCUCAGAGGUAAUGGCUUAUGUUAAAACUGACUUAACAAAGUGUUUCACAAAAUGAAAUUACACAAUCACUAAUGGGAACGUGAAUGUAAAUGAAAAUACUGAUGGAAUUCAUCGCUCAUAAAUAAUUUCAAAAUUAACUUUAUAAAUGCGCCUUUGGUUGACAUUCAAAGAACACUAUGCAGCCUGCAAAAAUAAUAACCCAAUCAGUGAAAUUUGCAAACAACUCAAACCCCGCAACUAUUUCAGCUAAAACCAUGUGUAAACCUGGUCUGAAGAAUAUGUGUGCGCAUUUUCAUCACACAUUUUUUUCUCUAUAAAAACCUGCUUAUGUGCAGAAAAAAGUGUACGCAUUGUUUUUGUGCAUACACAUCGUUUAUGUAUCUGGCCCCUGGUGUCACAUUUACUUUAACUGAGGUGUCAAAUGUCAAUCAGCCAUAAGUGUAUUGUAUCUGUCUUUCCAUUUAAGCUUUUUUGUUUUCUCCUCUUUUUAUUCAGGAACAUCAGUGUUACUACGUCAGAACUUGAAUUUUUUUUUUACAUAAAUAUCUAUAUAUAUUAUUGCUGUAUUAUAGGUGUUGUUAUUGAUAUCAAAGAUGUCAUAUUUUUGUUGUCCAUGGUUAAUUUUGUUCGGAUUAAAGCCAUUUUUUUUCUUUCCUGUGUGCAUGCGUGUGUGUGUGUGUGUGUGUGUGUGUGUGUGUGUGUGUGUGUUAGCGUGUGAAUGAAUGAAUAAUUCUUGCCACUGUAUCACCUCCCUGGUUGUGCAUGUGUAGUCGUUUCUACAUACACACUCACUAGUGUUUCUCCCCUAAAAAUGUUCUUGUAAAGGUGAAAAAAAAGUCUCUGCAACCAUCCAGUGACACUUAACUAACUCAGACAUAUGAAAUGUUUCAUUGCACCUGUGGGAAAACUCUUGCACUCACACACACUCAAACCGUCCAUGACGUCCUCUGAGCCAAUUCAGCAUACUCUCUUCUUCUUCUACUUCACCAUAACAGUAGCUCUUCCAUCCUCUUCUCUUGCAGCUCUGGCUGUGAAAAGUAGCAUUAAACUUUCUUGUCAACCAGACAAAAGCAAGUAGCAACGAACAGAGACCGUCCACUUGUUUCUGCAUAUUCUUACUCUCUUUCUGUCUCUGUCCAUACAGUAUCGAAACCAUUGGUGUAAUAUUCAGUUUUAUGGCCCCACUCAGUGGCUUAACAGCGCUGAUGUCUCCGUACUUUAGCUGCAAUAUCUCUACCUGCUUGCUGCAUCUGCGAUCAGAUGCUUUUGAGCAACUUUUGCGCCGAUCUCACCAACACAAUCAGUGUUAAUCAACAUUUCCUUAAAGCUGGAACUCUCACAGAAGACUGUGCUGAUCUUAAUGCAGGUGUGGAGACUUGCAGUGUGUUGUCUUUUUACAACAUACGCUGUAAAAAAAGAAGUUUCAGAGGGGACAAAGCUGAUUCCUGCUCAAAUAUCUGUAAGCUGAUAUUUGAUGGGAUGUGGUCUGUGUACAUGUCCAGGCUGUCAAUAUGACAAAAAAAGACAAAAAAAAGUGAAUGUAACUCACUGGAAGGCAUGCUCUGCUUUCUCUGGUUGUUUUUUUCUUCUUUUAUACACAGUGUAUGUACUAUUUAUGAUCAUGCUUUUGGGGUGUACAUUGGUUUAAAAGAAUCUGUUAUAAAAAGGUGUUAUUAAAGGAUAUAUUAUCCUGUGUACGGUUCAUUAUCUACUAUUAAUCAUGGCAACAUUUUAAAAGGCCUCAAUCGGUCUGUCAUGUUUGUGCUACGAAGCAAGAAAAAAAAGCGCUGUGUCUUUUUGUCUGCGCCACUCUGGACACGGUUAUGUAUAAGGUGCAAUUUGUGUUAUAUUUCUUUUUUUUUUUUUAAUGGACAUGUUUAUGGUUGUAAGAAGAAAAAAGACUUUAUGGGGAAAAUUCAUCUGCUUAUUAAAAAAGUGAAAC